GACAGAACAGAAUGGCUGCAGAAGUUGAAGAGACACUUAAAAGAAUACAGUCACACAGGGGUGUUACUGGGACCAUAGUUGUCAACAGUGAAGGUAUUCCCAUUAAAACAACUCUGGACAAUUCCACCACUGUGCAAUAUGCUAGUCUUAUUCAUAGUUUGACUGCAAAGGCACGCAGCACUGUAAGAGAUAUUGACCCUUCUAAUGACCUCAAGUUCUUGCGCAUUCGUUCCCGUAGGAAUGAGAUCAUGUGCGCGCCUGAUAAGGAGUUUCUUCUCAUAGACAUACAACAACAUGAACAAAGCUAAUAGUAGCAACAGAGGAUUCAUCACAUGUUUGUCAAGCUUCCAGUUGAAUCUAAAGGUUGAAUUUUCCCUUUGAUAAGUAGGAAUGGAAAACUAAUGAUUUUAAAGAGAUGAAUGUACUUAAUCCUUAAAAGUGAUUUUUAAAAUUUUUUAAUAUGUUUUUUUUUAUUGCUCCAGUUUACAAACUAUAUUUAGUUAAUUGUUUCUUUUUGAAACAGAUUUUGUUUAAAAAUUGUGUAUUCUUUAAUCUUUCUGAGUAUGAGUCUGUGAACAUCUCAUAAUCAAUUAUAUAUUUUUUUAAAAAGAUGACAAAAUUCUUAUCUCAAAGCUAUCAAGAUACUUGUGAUGUAUUCUCUAAGUCAAGCCUCUAAGUCGCUUUAAUGUUUUAUUUUCUUUUAAUCUCUACUUAUACUGUGUACAUAAACUUUUAGCUUUAUUUAAACUGCAUUAAACCAAAUAUUGUAGCUAACUUGUGAGCAUGCUUGGUUGUCUGAAAAAAUGUUUAUAAUAUUUACAACUUAUCGUUGAUGUUUUCCAUCUUUCAGAGAGAUUUAAUUCCAAUUAAACUUGGCAAAAAAAGCUUCAC